GGUAGAGGGUCUGCGUGCACAGCCCCUGCCCCAGAGCAUGGGGCAGGGCUCUCGGUGCCACCCCAGAAGGUGGGAGGUGCUAGGACUUAGAGGCAGCUCAGAGCCCAGGCCCCUGGGUCUGUGUCCGAACCCCAGGCCACCCCCAGUCAGGCCCCAAUCUAGGGCAACGGGAUGCUGUCGUGCACAGACGGUCCCUUGAGGUGGGACCACGUGAAGUGGUGCUGCGGGCCAGAGCCCCUGGGCUGGCGGGCGGGGAUUGGGAAGGAGACUGUCUCAUUCGGGAGCAGUUCUGCCGCGCAGCGCAGUGCAGCCUCGAGGACCAUGGCGGGCUCACCAGACCAGGAGGGCUUCUUCAACCUGCUGAGCCACGUGCAGGGCGACCGGAUGGAGGAGCAGCGCUGCUCGCUGCAGGCUGGGCCGGGACAGAACCCCCAGAGCCAGGGUGACCCAGCGCCCGAGAUGGACAGUCUCAUGGAUAUACUGGCCAGCACCCAGGGCCGCCGCAUGGACGACCAGCGUGUGAUGGUCAGCGCCCUGCCUGGCUUCCAGCCCCUUGGCCCCAAGGAUGGAGUGCAGAAACGAGCCGGGACCCUCAGCCCUCAGCCCCUGCUCACCCCCCAGGACCCUGCCUCGCUCAGCUUCCGCAGAAACAGCAGCCCCCAGCCCCAGACACAAGCCCCCUGAGGGUCUGAACCACCCUGGGCCCCGCUGGGCCCCCGAAAGCAGACAAUAAACACUCGCUCGAUCAA